GUCAGGUUUUGACAGCAGUCCAUUCACAGACGACUCUUGCAGAAGGCAGCCUGCCCUGCUGCGACUCACGGCACUGGGCACUGGCUCUGUUUACUGGAAGCCUGCUCCGGUGAAUCAAGCAAGUAUCUCAAUGCUGUGAGCGGUAUCUUUUCCCAAACGCGAGCCGCUUUAACUUUGCAGUACCAUUGAACCUCAUUCUCUCAUCCAGGGGAACUCGGCGUGGAUUGACAUCAACUGCAGUCUCCUUUUUUUUCUGCAGAGAACAGGUUUCACUGCAUGUUCGCUCUUCUUCCCUCUGUUGUCUCUUCGGGUUUCUACUCUGUGGAUUGUUGCUUUGACUCCAGGCGAACAGGGGAGCAGAGAUUAAAUGCUCGAGCAGAACUGUUGAUGAGUUAAGACUGAGCAGCACCUUGCCAUGGAAGAGUAUGUCCGGUCUGGGGGAAUGUAUGGGUUGAAAGACGAACCAGCUGCCUGAUAAAGCCCUAUCUGUCCCAGAUAAGUGGAGCAUGCAUCAGAACUGCAGAGAUUCUCUCAACGCUGCUGUGUUCUGAUCUGCAGAGGAGUUCCUGUUACAAUACUGCCUGCUUUCUACACACAGUUAUUGUCCAACAGAUUAUUUUUCUGCCUCUGACUUCAUCGCAUUUAUCGUGACUGUUUUCUCAGAAAGGUGAGAGGAUCAAGGAUGAACAUCUUUGAGAGCUGUUUGCCUGGACUUUAACCCCCAGUCAUCGCUACCAAAUCAUGCAGAAACCAUCUACACAAGGCACUAUGGCAUGCUCUCUGUGGAAACUACCAACCUUCUGCUGGCUUAUUGCAAUGGCCCUAAUACAGUCUUCAGAGGGUACUUCUGGAUCGAGGGGUGUCGAUCUGUGACUAUGGAGCCAAUGCUGACAUCUGCCUCCUCCAGGGCAGCAAGGCUCCUCAGCAGUCCCUCCUCCAUUCUCAAGCUGUUGCCAACAUUGUUGCUCUGUGGUUUAUCCGGGCUGCCCUGCCGUUCGGCUUAGUGAGAAGAGAGCUGUCUUGUGAGGGUUAUCCGAUCGACCUACGCUGUCCAGGAAGUGAUGUCAUCAUGAUUGAAAGUGCCAACUACGGCCGAACUGACGACAAGAUCUGCGACGCUGACCCCUUCCAGAUGGAGAACAUAAACUGCUAUCUCCCAGACGCCUACAAGAUCAUGUCACAAAGGUGCAACAAUCGAACCCAGUGCAUAGUGAUCACAGGUUCUGAUGUCUUCCCAGACCCCUGUCCAGGGACCUACAAAUAUCUGGAGGUCCAGUAUGAGUGUGUUCCCUACAUUUUUGUUUGUCCUGGGACCCUGAAAGCUGUCGGUGAUCCUUCCUUUCUCUUUGAAGCGGAGCAGCAAGCCGGGUCAUGGUGCAAAGACCCUCUACAAGCCGGUGACAAAAUCUACUUCAUGCCUUGGACUCCUUACCGGACAGACACACUCAUUGAGUACUCUUCCCUCGACGACUUCCAAAACGCCCGGCAAACCAUCACGUACAAGCUCCCCCACCGGGUGGACGGCACUGGAUUUGUGGUCUACGAUGGGGCCGUGUUUUUCAACAAGGAGAGAACCCGCAACAUUGUAAAGUUUGACAUACGGACCCGAAUCAAAAGCGGCGAGGCCAUCAUCAAUAACGCCAACUAUCAUGACACGUCACCCUACAAGUGGGGUGGGAAAACGGACAUUGACCUGGCCGUGGAUGAGAACGGCCUGUGGGUGAUCUACGCCACAGAGCAGAACAAUGGCAUGAUGGUCAUCAGCCAGUUGAACCCUUACACACUGCGCUUCGAGGCCACCUGGGAGACGACUUAUGACAAGCGAUCGGCCUCAAAUGCCUUCAUGAUCUGUGGAGUACUCUACGUAGUGAGGUCCACAUAUGAAGAUAACGAGAGUGAAGUCAGCAAAAGCUUAAUAGAUUAUGUUUACAAUACCAAACAGAACCGUGGAGAGUAUGUAGAUAUCCACUUUCCCAACCAGUACCAGUAUAUCGCAGCUGUGGAUUACAAUCCCAGAGAUAACCAGCUAUACGUGUGGAAUAAUUUUUACAUCCUGAGAUAUAAUCUGGAGUUCGGACCACCCGAUCCCGCUCACGCUCCACCUCUCUCCGAAGCGACCUCAGCGCCGGCUGAGCCUCUCCGAACGACAACCACCACAACAACCACCACAGCAGCACGCAACAAAGGUGUAGCAAACACCAUGACCACAACAGGGCCCAAGGAGGGUAACAACAGAGGAGGGCCCAAACCCCCUCUGGAGGUUCCCCAGACCACCGCCCAGCCGCCUCUGGAGUCCUUCCCCCUACCAGAGCGCUUCUGUGAGACCACGGAAAAGAGGGACAUAGUGUGGCCUCAGACCCAGAGGGGCAUGUUAGUAGAGAGGCCUUGCCCCAAGGGAACCCGAGGCACCGCCUCUUAUUUAUGUGUACUUGCCACGGGGGCCUGGCACCCAAAGGGCCCUGAUCUCAGCAACUGCACUUCCCACUGGGUCAACCAAGUAGCGCAGAAGAUCCGUAGUGGCGAGAACGCAGCUAACCUAGCCAACGAGCUGGCGAAGCACACCAAAGGACCCAUCUUUGCCGGCGACGUGAGUUCAUCAGUCCGACUGAUGGAACAGCUGGUCGACAUCCUGGAUGCUCAGCUUCAGGAGCUGAGACCCAGCGAGAAAGACUCUGCGGGCCGCAGUUUUAACAAGCUUCAAAAACGAGAAAGGACAUGCAGGGCAUACAUGAAGGCCAUUGUAGACACAGUUGACAACCUUCUAAGACCAGAGGCUCUGAAGUCCUGGCAUGAUAUGAACAGCACGGAACAGACACACGCUGCUACUAUGUUACUGGAUACCCUAGAGGAAGGAGCGUUCGUCCUUGCCGACAACCUAAUGGAGCCGGCUAUUGUGAAAGUACCCGCUGAUAAUAUAAUCCUGGAUGUGUAUGUGCUCAGCACGGACGGCCAGGUUCAGGAUUUCAAAUUUCCACAGGCCAGCAAGGGUGGUGUUUCUAUCCAGCUGUCCUCCAAUACUGUCAAGCUCAACAGUCGGAAUGGUGUUGCCAAGCUGGUGUUUGUUAUGUACAAAAACCUUGGGCAGUUUCUCAGCACUGACAACGCCACGAUCAAAAUGUCCAACGAUGCUUAUGGGCGGAAUGUGUCGGUGGCCGUAAAUUCAGACAUCAUCGCCGCCUCCAUCAACAAAGAGUCCAGUCGUGUGUUCAUCACGGACCCUGUGAUUUUCACCCUGGAACACAUUGACAUGGACCACUACUUCAACUCCAAUUGCUCCUUUUGGAAUUAUUCGGAGAGGAGCAUGAUGGGAUACUGGUCCACCCAGGGCUGCAAGCUCCUGGGCUCCAAUAAGACCCACACCACCUGCUCCUGCAGUCAUCUCACCAACUUUGCAGUUCUCAUGGCACAUCGGGAAAUCUCGGGCCAAGUUGGAGUGCACGAAUUACUCUUGACUGUCAUCACCCGGGUGGGCAUCGUUGUCUCGCUGGUGUGCUUGGCCAUCAGCAUUUUCACCUUCUGCUUCUUCCGGGGCCUGCAGAGCGAUCGCAACACCAUCCACAAGAACCUGUGCAUCAAUCUCUUCAUUGCCGAGUUAAUAUUCCUAAUCGGUAUUGAUAUGACCGAACCCAAGGUUGGCUGUUCCAUCGUCGCUGGGAUUUUGCAUUUCUUCUUCCUGGCCUCGUUUUCCUGGAUGUGUUUGGAGGGCGUUCAGUUGUACCUGAUGAUGGUGGAAGUUUUCGAGAGUGAACAUUCAAGGAAGAAGUACUACUAUGUAUCUGGAUACCUUCUCCCAGCCAUUGUGGUGGGUGUCUCUGCUGCUAUCGACUACAGGAGCUACGGGACAAAGAAAGCUUGCUGGCUAAGAGUGGACAAUCACUUCAUAUGGAGCUUUUUAGGACCUGUCACCUUCAUCAUCAUGCUCAAUCUCAUCUUCCUGGUCAUCACCAUGUACAAAAUGGGGAAGCACUCCACUACUCUGAAACCAGACUCCAGCAGAUUGGAGAACAUCAAUAAUUAUCGCGUUUGUGACGGCUACUAUAAUACCGAUUUGCCUGGCUAUGAAGAUAAUAAACCAUUUAUCAAAUCCUGGGUCCUGGGGGCGUUUGCACUGCUUUGCCUGAUGGGACUGACGUGGUCGUUCGGCUUGUUCUUUAUCAACGAGUCCUCUGUGGUGAUGGCCUACCUCUUCACAAUAUUCAACACCUUCCAAGGAAUGUUCAUCUUCAUUUUCCACUGCCUUCUCCAGAAAAAAGUCCGUAAAGAGUACAUCAAAUGUUUCCGCCACACAUAUUGCUGUGGUGGCUUACCAACUGAGAGCUCACACAGCUCAACAAAGACCUCCACCACAAGGACAAGUGCACGCUACUCCUCGGGCACACAGAGCCGUAUCAGGAGAAUGUGGAAUGACACCGUAAGAAAGCAAUCUGAGUCCUCCUUUAUCUCAGGUGACAUCAACAGCACCUCCACCCUUAACCAAGGAAUGACGGGCAAUUAUCUUCUAACAAACCCUCUUCUUCGACCACAAGGCACUAACAACCCUUAUAACACCUUACUGGCUGAAACAGUCGUAUGUAACGCUCCCAGGGCUCCAGUGUUUAACUCUCCAGUGACCUACAGAGAGACAAGACACUCACACACACUGAACCAUCCCAGGGACACCAGUGCAAUGGAUACUCUACCGCUAAAUGGUAACUUUAACAAUAGCUACUCGCUUCGCAACGGGGAUUACGGCAACAGUGUGCAGGUGGUGGACUGUGGACUCAGCCUGGAUGACGCAGCCUUUGAAAAAAUGCUAAUAUCGGAGCUGGUGCACAAUAACCUCCGGGCUUGCAACAAGAGCCACAACCACCAUGUGGAGCGGGGGGCUCCUCUUCCUCCAUCGUCCAAGAAGGUGCACGUGGUGGGCGGGAGCAGCAGCGAAGAUGACGUCAUCGUGGCUGACACCUCAUCUUUGGUGCACGGCCACAAUAUCAACACACCGGUGGGCCUGGGCAUAGAGCUGCACCACCGGGAGCUGGAGGCCCCGCUCAUCCCCCAGCGGACUCACUCACUUCUGUACCAGCCGCAGAAGAGAGUGAAGACCACUGAGGGGGGCUUGGAGAGCUACGUCAGCCAGCUCACGACCAACGAGCACGGGGACAGCCUACAGUCCCCAAACAGAGACUCUUUGUACACUAGUAUGCCCACCCUAAGGGACUCUCCAUACCCCGAGAGCAGCCCUGAUGCGGAGGAGCUGGAGGACCUCUCGAGCCCCUCUAAGAGGAGCGAGAACGAGGACGUUUACUACAAGAGCAUGCCUAACUUAGGAGCAGGACACCAGCUCCAAGCGUACUACCAGAUAAGUAGAGGAAACAGUGACGGCUACAUCAUCCCUAUUACUAAAGAGGGCUGCAUCCCUGAAGGAGAUGUACGGGAAGGACAGAUGCAGUUAGUGACAAGCCUUUAAAAUAUAUUUAAAUCAUCGUCCCCUGUCCGCAGUCCCGACAUCCUCGAGGACAAACAGUACUGUACUCUGAGAGAUGCCGGGGAAGUUUUUUUCAAAGAGCCUUAGAGCCCCCAACAUGCACGCACACACACACACACACACACACACACACACACACACACACACACACACACACACACACACACACACACACACACACUCAGUCACUCCUCUCCCCCCAGACUCGCCACACCCCAUCCUCCUCACAAACCAACAGACUUAAGUGCACCGCGAUGGCAGUGCGACAUUACCCCGAUCGCUGGAGUGGAGUUUUAAACAGACUGUAUAUAAAAUGCAGAGUUCAAUUUAAGACACAUGCCAUUUCUGUAUUUAAUUAUUCUGCUGCUGUUGCAUUUUAAAAAAGGAUAUAAAAAAACUAUUUAAAAAAUGUUAUCGGCCAAUCCAGUUCAGCAGUUUUUUCUGGCCAAAGGUUGUACAUACACUCCCACCAUCCUUGUCAAGCCUGUUUCGUAUUACAUACAAAAUGAAGCUCUCGGACCAGGAUAAGGACUUAUUUGUUUGAUGGUGUUCCUGAUCAGACUAUUAAUUAGGAAUAUAAGGUCCUGGAUCCUAGAGUUGUCCCCAUCACCGUGAAGGUUGGAUUAACCACUAGCAAUCAAGCCCCAGGCCUUAUAUUUUCUCGAUUGAGCUGUUGUCAAGGGAAAUGGCAAAAUUAAUAUAUAUUUUGCUAGUGUAAAAUAAAAUUCAUGGAAACCCGUAAAUAUAAAGAAACCUUUUAAUUGAAAAUGUAACAUUUGAAGAGAAUAUUGUGUAAAAGUUGCACAUAUGUUAUAAAAUGUGUUUAUAGUUCUUACACAUCAUUCAUUAUCGUAUGUUUGAACAAAAAAAGCAGAUGAAAACAAAAUAAGUCUACAAAGAACAAGGUUAAUGCAUACUAAUUUUUUCCACUUGUGAAGUGUUUUUCCAUACUGAAUUCAUAUACAGUAUGUUGUCCAUUUGAAAUUUAUAUGAUUUUAUAUUGCUAAAAGGUCGUUAUUUUAGUAAAGUGGGAAUACAACAGUGCCCUAUGAAAGUCAUGCAAUACCAUUUUCUGGGGGGUGAAUUUGAUUUAAAUAAUCUAAUUGGAUAAACAAUCAUGACAUAGAAAUGGGCCACUCAAGACGAACAUCCACUCGAGAUAAAACAUUUACCAUAACAUUUUUAUUCAUUAUACAUGUAUUUCUUCUGCCUGGGUAUGGACAUUUAUUUAUUGAAAUAUUUUCAAAAGAUUAUACAUUGGAAAAUGUAAUAUUUUCCAGCACUGGUAUACAUAGUCCUUCUUUUUAUGUAAACAUGAUAUUAAGGGGCCCAUCAAUAAAGACAAAUGUAAAGUUCAACACUUGUUUAACAAAUAAAUAAAUGUGAGAUUUUUUUGUAAAAUGACAGUUUUAUUAAUGUUUUGUGUUUUUGUACCAUUGGAGAAGUUUUAGGCUUGAUUAUUUUGCUAUGGACAAAAUACACUUUUGACUCAAGUCAUGAGUACAUCCCAAGCACCUUGGAAGGUUAUCAGUGAUAUAUUUUCAGAGGGAUUGCUUUGCUUUUGUUUUCUAUCAAAGACUUUGCCUAUUAGUCAAGCUCAUUUCACCUUAUGUGUUGAUAAGCCAAAUCUUUCCAUGUGAUUCAAUUAUGAGAAACUCAGGUAGGAAAAUUACAUUGUAAAUGUUCCUCUGUGUGGUUGUAACACUCCAAUAAAAGUUCGAAAAUUACACCGGUUCAUAA